CUGUCACCGACUCCACCUCGGCCAACAAAUCAAAAACACGCAUUGUUUACGAGACUCAAGUUUCGAAGUAAGUUCAUCGUCUUCUACCCUGUUCGCUGACACUUUCGCGUCUGAAAGUUGAAGGCCCCCUUUUCCUAUUAUCAAAUUCAUCGAUUUUUCUUAAAAAGAUCGAAGGAUCAAAAAAUCCACAUCCCGUUUGCUGCCUUGCGCUUAAAAUUACACCUUUGUGUUCUUCAAUUUUUUCAAAUCAGUUGUUUUUCCAUCUGGGUAUUGGAUAAAAUGGGUGAUAUGAAAGACAAAAUGAAAGGUUUCAUGAAAAAGUUCAACAAUUCCUUGUCGUCAUCUUCCUCUCCUGGUAAAUUCAAAGGGCAAGGAAGGGUUUUGGGUUCAUCGUCUUCUUCAAAUCCCUCCGGUCAGGUAAAUUCAAACCCUAAUCGGCCAACAACCACUAUCCAGGACCCAAAACCGAUCCCUCCCCCUCGACCCUCUCCAUCAACAUCAAAUAUUUCUCCUAAAACACCCGCAAUUUCCGAACAGCCUACAAAGUCAACAGAUGGGUUCGAUCCAUUUGAUUCGUUGAUCACAACCGGUAAGAGAAACAAAAACGGGUACGAUUUGAAAGUGUUCGAAUGCCCAGUUUGUGGCCGAGCAUUCGGAUCUGAAGAAGAGGUUUCCGAUCACGUCGAGAGCUGUUUGUCUAAAAACGAAGCAGAAUCGCAAUCAACCACCGAUAAUCCCCAAGAAAAAGACGAAACACGAAGUGAAUUGGAAGUUUGUGUUAGUACAUAUCUUUCUGGGAAACCAUCGGAUGCGUCAGUUGAGAUUGUGCUCAAGCUGUUAAAGAACAUAGUUCGAGAGCCUGAGAAUGUUAAGUUUAGGAGAAUUAGAUUAGGGAAUCCGAAGAUUAAGGAAGCCAUUGCUGAUGUUCCUGGAGGUUUAGACUUACUGGAAUGUGUUGGAUUUGAACUGAAAGAGGAAAGUGAAGAGAUGUGGGCAACAAUGGAAGCUGCAAGUAAUGAGAAAAUUAAGCUAAUCAAACAAACUGUUUAUUUGUUGGAACCACAAAAGAUUGAAACUUUAACAUCAACAGCAGCACAGACGAAGGUGGUGGAGCCUGAGGAAGUGAAAACAGUCGAGAGACAGAUUAGGGUGUUCUUUUCUGUGUCUGAAAGUGUAGCUGCAAAGAUAGAACUUCCAGAUUCUUUCUAUAAACUCUCAAUUGAAGAAGUGAGAAAAGAAGCCGAAUUGAGAAGAAAAAAGCUUGCAGAAUCUCAACUUUUAGUACCAAAAUCAUUCAAGGAAAAACAAGCAAAAGCUGCAAGAAAAAGACACCAAAAAACUCUCAUCCGAAUACAGUUUCCUGAUGGAGUAGUGCUUCAAGCAUUUUUUAAUCCUAAAGAGCCGACUUCCUCUCUUUAUGAGUUUGUGAGUUCAUCAUUGAAAGAUCCAAGUUUGGAAUUUGAAUUAUUACAUCCGGUUUUAAUCAAAAGACGUGUGAUUCCAAACAUUGGAGAGAAAGUUAUAACACUUGAAGAAGAAGAUUUAGUUCCAUCUGCUUUGAUCAAGUUUAGACCUAAAGAAACCGAUUCAGUUGUUUUUACGGGUCUUUGUAAUGAGCUUUUAGAAAUCAUGGAACCUCUCGUGUCGGAAUCAGCAGUUGCUUCUUCUCAAUAACCAUGGAAUUGGAUUCAUUUUCAUGUUGCAUAUAGAUUUUAUGGUCUUUGCUUAGGAUUUAAAGGAUUCUUUUUUAUAUAUUUUUUUUAGUUCUUGAUACAAUUAUAUUGGGAAUGGUUGGUUGAUUGUUUUUACUUCUUUAUUUCUGAAUAAGUUGUUUGAUGUUUAUAUGAAUUUAAUGCUUAUUGUUA